UCUACGUGGACGUAACGCUGGUAUUCCAGAACACGCACGCCGCGUAGACCUGCUGGUUGCUAGGUAACGGUGGUACGCUGUGUACUAGGCUGCGGACAGCAAGCAGGUGCUGAGGGACUGCGGAAGGGACUGUACAAUGGCAGAAGCCAGGAUAUCCGCUUACUUACCGCCUGACAUCGACCCCACUAAAGCACCUGUCGCCUUUGGAGAAAGGGCUUUACCCAAACUCAAUGAGGAGCUGCGGGCGGCUGCACUGCUGACCAGGCAGAGGGCACUGGUGGCCCUGUGUGACCUGCUGCAUGACCCAGAGAAUGUCUACCAGGCCGUGCAUCUGGGGUUUAUGGAAAGCCUGAAGGAUCUGCUGUAUGAUCAAGACUGCACCGUUCGGCAGAAGACUACUGAGAUAUUCUUCAUAAUGGCUGGUCAUAACGUUGGAAGGGAUGGCAUCUUGAGCAGUGAUAUUAUUAUUGCCAUGUCUCACCUCCUUGAUGACCCUGUGGAUAUCUGUCGGAGGAAUUUGCAUCAGACGUAUGAAAUGCUAUCUGAGCUUCCUGCUGGUGCAGCAGCACUUGUUGAUGCAGGCCUGGUGACACAGCUGGUGGGGAAGUUGGAGUCAGAGCUGGAUGAAAUCCAGGAGGUCAUCUUGGAAACUCUACAUUUCUGCUUACAAGCAGACGCGACUCAGGCUCUUGGUGCAGGAGCUGUGAUGGUUCUCAAGGGAAAGCUCAGCCAUCCAUUAGUAAGCAUUCGGAGGAAGGCUGCCUGCGCCCUCAUGGAAAUAUGUGUGCCCUUAGAAGGAAAGGAAAGUGUAUGCAAAGCCGAAGUAAUUCCCAUACUGGUCCAACUCCUGGAAGAUGGUGAUGCUGAGGUCAGAGCUAAUGUAGCAGGAGCUUUGAUGUACGUUGCCAUUACUACUCAAGGCAAAUACGCCACCCUUAAUUCUGGUGCCAGCCCUAAGUUGCUGGCUCUUCUUAAAGACAGCAACAGCAAGGUGCGACUGAACUGCCUUAAAGCAUUAACAACCCUAUCUGAGACUCCUGAGGGACGUAAAACACUUCUGCAAGAUGUGACGUUAGUCCAAGGCUGUAUGGAGGACUCCAGUGAAGCAGUGAGGAGAGCAGCUUCUAUAGCAGUCAGAGUCAUACAGUGGAAGCCGUGAGCCGAAUUCUGGACAUCCCAGCUCCCCUUGGUUCCCGCUAUAGAUGACGCUGCAGGAUUCAUCUAGUCACUUCUAGUGAGUCUAUACUGGAAGGACUGAGAACCACUAGUCAUGAGUACAAACUGUGU